AUGUCAUCCAACGAUAUUCUCAAAGACGCGUUCAACGCGACCGUCUCACGAAACUACGAGAAAGCCGUCGCCGUGAUUCGCAACGCCGUCGCCAAGACGUCGCACUCGUUCUCCGUUGAUCAAUUGGAAUUGAUCGAUCAUGUGUAUGCUUGCAUUCUCAACACCUCUCAUUACGACGAGAGCCUCAUUGCGGUGUGCUGGGAGUGGAUCGAGGCGAUCGAGCGCCAACCGCGUACUGUCGACUCGCGAGCCGUGUCCAGCUCGCAGUUGAGCAUUUACUACGCCUAUCAUACGAUAUGUCGAGUUCAAGAGCGAAUGCCGAAGCGAUCAAACUACACUCAAGUCCGCACUGAGACAUGGAUCAAGAUUACUCAUAGUUUCAGCUACCUCUGGGCAGCGGCCACCCAAUUAUGGAAGCCGUACGAGUUGGAUCGUCUCGAUAUUCUGUGUAGUUGGUCGUACCUAUGCCUUCAAUUCGCCGACGUCUUCAACGAGGAGGUCCUCAACGUCAUCGAGGCGUCCAAGGACAACGCGAAGAGCAUUCUGAACACGUCGGUGAUCAUCGAGAACAGCCAUCAGGCGAACCAGCGGGUUCUCACCAUCGAGCGCAAUUUGAGGGAUUCGCGAGCGAUGGCCGAGAAAAUGGGACGGAAAUUGUCGAAAAAUGAAAACGCCGAAAAUAAGGACAACGUCGGCGAGCACGAGCAUUCAGAUCAUGACGACGAUGACGACGAGGCUCCUGAAGCGAAAAAGUCGAGAACUGAUGAUAACGCUGCUGCGGACAUCUAA